AUGACAGGUUUUAUCAGUAAAGGACUUCGUUACAUCAACCCCUUUUCGUCUUUGCUCAAAAAGGGUAUACAACCGAUGAACAACUUGCGCCUACUGCCAUUGAAACAAGUGGUGGUGAGCCAACUGGUAUUGGUAGUGAGCCAAGUGCUGCUAUUAAUAAACCAAGUGGUGGUAUGGGUGAGCAAGGUGCUGGUCUUGGUGAAAAAAAGUGGUGGUAUCGGUGGUGCUACACUAUGCGGCGGUGUUAUUGCUAUGGUGAGCCCAAGUGGUGGUAUCAGUGUUGUUACACCAAGCGGUGGUAUUAGUAGUCAAACAAGUGCUAUCCAUAGCAGUAAACCAAGUGGUGGUAUUGUCGAUGAACCAAGUGCUGAUAGUAGUGGUGAACCAAGUGGUGGUAGUGGUGAUGACCAUAUUCAUGUAAUUAAUCAUUCGUCAGACGAUGAAGAUCCAGAAACUGAAAAUAUAUCUUUCUUUCGGUUAUCAUGA